AUGAAGUUCUACAGUAUCCUUCUACUCUUAUCCACCCUAACACUGAUCUCAGCUCAGUACAGUAACUAUUAUAACAACUAUGGCUACCCAAACUACUACAAUGGCCGGUACUACAGUCCAGGUGCGUACUACAACUACUAUGGUCAACGAUCGUACUAUUACCCACCAUACUCUAACUACUAUGGUCCACAAAGAUACCAAUAUCCAUAUUACCAAAGCUACUACAAUCAACCAGCUAGCACUAAUAUGAUGCCGUAUACUACUACAUCUAGUGGUAAGAGUGGCAUUUUGAUGGGGAAUGAAAUGGCUGGUGUUUGGUUGGUAUGUCACAAUUGUGGACGUGGUUAA